AAAACAAUAUACGGAGUAUUUAGUUUCCAAAUUUAGUAUCCUUGUACCAAUCAAACUCAAUUCCAAGGAAAUUAGGAAUCAAGAACAACGCCGCCGCCUAUGUAUUUCCAAAUAUAUACUCCGUAUAUGCAUUUCAACUCAUCAUUUGAUUCGAUGCUUCAACUCCAAGCAGCUACUAUACUAAUCAGCCAUCCCAAUCCAUAAACCCUAAAUUAAUUAACCCAAUCCAAGAUGCUUAAUUAGACAAGGAAAUUAAAACGGCUUCGCUAUAAUGACAGUCCCUGCUUCCUCUGCCGCUCCCCUGCUUCGCAAAGCUUCCGCCGCCGCCGCCGCCAUGAAGAAGAAGAAGGUCGCUCCGACGUUCACCGAGGUGUUAGAAAUGCUACGAUGCCGCCGAGUUUGCGCCCGAAGAUCGUGGCCGCCGAGAAACAUUUCUCCGGUGAAGAAACCGUCGAAGCUGGCUGUUUCUUCCGCUCAAUCUCCUUCAAUGUCGUUUUCCGGUGAAGAAUCCGACUCCGAUUGCGAAAGUGCCUGCUCUUCCACAGGGUCUUGCAGCCAUCCUCCUAAUCCUCGUCCAGAUGACGAUGAUGAUACUGGAAACAGUGGAAAGAACGAUGAUGUCCAGAGAUGGAUGUUUGUGUCUAAAUCGAGUACAAGUUUUAUUCUUGUCCGAAAUCCGAAUUGAUUUCUUGGGUGUAAUUACAGUUCUUAAUUCAUACUCCCACCAUUGAAUUUUGUGCAGCUGAAUUUAGAUCAGUCGUUUGGGUUUAGUUUAUGCCUGAAUACGUUUGUACAGAUUUCGGUUUAUGUGACAAUUCAUUAAUUCAAAAGUUUGUGUUCGAUUAUAUUCU